UUCUCGGUACCGGUUCCGAAAUACACACAAUUUCCAAAUAAAAAUUGAAAACAGAAAUUGUAAUAUGAAUCUGUUACCGAAGUGUCAUGGAGAGUUUAGUAAAGCGGAUUAUUGGAAUACAUUUUUCAAAAAACGAGGAGAAAAAGCCUUUGAAUGGUACGGAGAAUAUCCAGAAUUAUGUGGGCAAUUAUCGAAAUUCAUAAAGACUAACGACGAUGUGUUGGUCGUUGGCUGCGGUAAUUCAACGCUCAGUAUGGAUUUACAUGACGUGGGACACAGUAGUAUCACAAGCAUCGAUAUAUCGAAAAUAGUAAUCGACCAGAUGAGGGAUAAACACAAAAUAGAUCGUCCAAAUCUGGUGUUCCACCAGAUGGACGCAACCGAGACAACAUUUCCCGACGAUAAAUUCUCAGUUGUCCUGGAUAAAGGUACACUGGAUGCUCUCAUGCCUGACAGCAACGAGGACACUGUCCUCAGGAUAAAUAAAUUUUUCAAUGAAAUAUCAAGAUUGCUCCGAAGAGGAGGACGAUACAUCUGUAUUUCUCUCCUUCAAGAGCAUAUUCUGAAAAAAAUAGUGGAUUAUUUUUCAUCCCCGAACUACUUGUUACGCAUAACUCGAUGUCACGAAGUGGAAAAUAAAACGAGAGAGACAGAAGGAAGUGCAAUGCCGGUUUUUUUUGUUGUCGCGACAAAAUUUCCCGGGAUAACACAGAGAGUACUAGAAUUGUCAUUGACUGAUAGUCCGCCAAUUCGAAUAUCAACACCCGAGGAAUUUAUAAAUUCCGUUCUAUCGAAUCAACAAUCUGCCCUGGUAUGCGACAGACUCCAGAAACGGAGUAUUGCUGACGUAGGAGAAGUGAAUUUGGAUCUGUACUUACCUGGUAAUGACAGUCCGAGGUACACGAUUUACGUUCUCGAUCGGCCAUCGACCAGUGGCAAGAGUUACGCAGCAUUCCUUGUGCCCCAAGGGAGAGACACCAACUGGUUUUUCGGAACUCCAGAAGGAAGACGACAUUUUCUCUCCAGCGUGGACAAAGAUCGUGUAUCGAUCGUGAUUCUUCGUCGUGAGCACAAGUUCAUUGACUGGAAUCAAGUGAAAUCCGAACUAGCCCCAAGCAUAAAAAACCUCUCGCCCCCAGGUCUUCCGAAGAAUUACAUAAUUAAUUAUCUGUCCCUCGGAGAAGACGUGGGCCAGCGAGAGGUUCUUCACGAGGGUGAGAGCCAAUUGAGUGGGAAAUUCGUUGUCGAGGAGGUCGUAGAGGGUAACGAAUCUCGUUCCCGACGGCUCAUCUUCCUCGCCAAUCAGUUCGUUGUCCAGAGUGAAGCGAAAAUUCGCUGCAUCAAGACCAGAAGGGGAAAGAUAAAAAAAGUUGUUGAUCCCGGGUGUCUGGCCUGCGAGCAUCAUGCGUUCAUGUCACUGGGAGUCAGUGAAAUCCUUCAGACGCAGAACAACGGUGAAAUUCUCGUCGUGGGGUUGGGUGGUGGGGGUUUGUGCCUCUUUCUUCGUCACUGCUUCCCCAAAUUGAAGAUCACAGCUGUCGACAUCGACGAGGUGAUGCUGAAGAUCGCCACGGAUUGGUUUGACUUCGUCGUGGAUGAUCAGACGAGAGUUGUAAUUCGCGAUGGAGUUCAGUUCCUCGAUGAAGCUGCUCACGAGAUGAAGCGGUUCGAUGCCAUUCUCUUCGAUGUUGACAGUAAAGAUGUGUCCGUAGGGAUGAGCUGUCCUCCAAAACAAUUCCUACAAAGUUCCACCUUGGCCAGUGUCUUGAAAUGCCUGAAUGACGAUGGCCUCUUCAUCUUGAAUUUAGUCUGCAGAGAUAAAGGACUCAGACCUGCGAUCCUUGAAGACUUGAAGAAAACAUUUGCGUCGAUAGCUUCGAUGAAAACAGCGCACGUCGUCAAUGAGAUUCUCAUGUGCUCAAAAAAUUCCAAGGGCGAUCAGUGGAUGAGAAAAUUGAAAACUUCAGCUGAACUUUUCAACGAGACAGCCAAGAAAAAAAAAUUAUUGAGCUCUGAUGCUGUAGAUGUUACAGAACUGCUCAAUGGUUUAACCAUUGAAUCGUAAAAAACAAUAUCUUGUAUUGGGAAUCAUGAAUAAAAAGAAUUAAUGAAAUA